UAUACAAGUCCAUACAGCAGAGAAUAAAAAUGUAACACACAUUUUUAUUCUUUGCCGUAUUGUGAAUCUAUAUCUUGAUUGUAUGAUCUUUUUCUCAUUUACAUUAAAGUAUAUUAAAAUAAUAAAUAAAGUCUAAACGACAUAAUGGAUCAACAACAAUUACCAUAUGGUGCACAGCCCAAUAUUCAGGCAAAUCCUUAUCAAUCUCAACAAAAUCCUCUAUUUAAUAUUGUUUUGACACCUGAAGAAAUAAAAAUAUUAAAUGAAUGCCGAUCAAAUGCAAUAUAUCACAGAGGUCUUCCUAUGGGGGCAGCGAUGGCAGGUGGAUGUUAUUAUAUGAUGAAUAAAGGAAUAGUUAAAAGAAAUAUGUGGGGAAUGGCACUUAGUGGAAUUGCUGGGUUUUUUAUUGGAACAAUGUCUUACAGAGGAAUAUGUAUGGAGAAGUUACUGUCACUUCCUAACAGUACAUUAAAAGAUAGAAUUUUAGCUGCUCAAGGAAUGCAACCACGAGUCAGAGUUGAUGUUAAUACUGGUGAAAAUUUCUUUGAUUCUAUCUUGCCUUCAUCUGAUACUCCACAAGGUUCAUCAUUUGACGUGGAACCUUAUCAAUCGAAUCAAUUAGAUUCUUAUGAUUUCCGUCCUGUUGACGCAGAAACUGCAUAUGCUGUAAAUCCUCCAUUGCAACCAGCCCAACGAGAAACUUAUACGACUUAUGAUGAAUUACGUCGUCGCAAUCGUGAUGAUUAUUAUAGAGGCAAUAGUAUACAAUCAGGACCGAGAGGUCCAGCUCCUCCACCUUCAUCUUCGUUGUAUUCACCUCCAUCACCGAGCAAUGCUCCAUCACCGUACAAUGCUCCACUCCAACAAGGCCCUCCACAAUCAGCAUCAUCAUAUGGAGCAACUGGUUUCUAUAGUGAUAGACCACCAGAGUAUGCUAGCAUUGCGGACAGAACGUUUGAACAACGACAACGUGAUGAUCAACGACAACGUGAUGAACAACGAUGGUAAAUGUUUUGAAAGGUAGUACUUGGUUGAAAAAAUUGGUACUUUAUAUGUAAAUGUAUAUUAUAACAAAUUACUGUGACAUGCUUUUGUAUUGUUAUAUUAAAUAUUAUACCUACGUAAAAUAUUGAAA